CCGAAAGAUGUAUUUUCAUGGGAGCAGUAAUUGUGUUUGGUUUUGCUUCCCUGGGAGCCUCGUUCAAUGGAAACUAUUCUGAUCACAAUGCUGAUCCAAACCGAUUUUGCAGGGUAAAGAACUGUUCACCGAAUUUGACAUUGCCGCACAUUGGCUGCAACAGUACGCAAAUACAACCGUCCAGUUGCGGGAAGGACCUAAAACUCCACCCCAUGUCAACCAAACUUAGAACACAUAUUGUUAAUCAGCACAAUAUUUUCCGAAACUUGGUAGCUUCCGGAAUGGUGAACCGAAUUCCCGGAUCCGGAGCCAUGCUUAAGCUGAGGUGGGACCAUGACUUAGAGGAAGUAGCCAGCCAUUUGGUUAAACGCUGUACCCUUCAUGCCCCCAAGGAGUGCUUCUCCACUUCUGAAUAUGAAAACCCCGGCUUUCAAUCAGUUUACAACAAGUUUAAAAAGGCUCAGAAUGCCUUCAUGGUUGUAAAGUCGCAAAUGUACACUUGGUACGAACAGAACAAACACGCGAGUGUGCUGAAUGUGGUUGGUGGAUCCUCUAAAAACACUGAGUGAGUAUUAAUGACA